UAUUCAACAUGUGUAUGGAGCUCAGCAUCCGCCUUUUGAUCCAUUGUUGCAUGGAACCUUGGUAAAACCAGGUUCAAAGCCACCUACAACUCCAGUGAAACUAAAGAAAGUCAGCACCUUUCAAGAAUUUGAAAGUAACACAAGUGAUGCUUGGGAUCUUGGGGAUGAUGAUGAUGAACUCUUAGCAAUAGCUGCUGAAAACUUAAAUACAGAAGUGGUCAUGGAAACGGCUCACAAAGUGAUUGAGAAUCAUAGCAAGCUACAAGAACAGCAUAAGUUUCAGGAAGAACAUCUACAGGAAGAAAAACAAGUGGAAUCUGCAGAAUUGUCUUCGAUUGCAUGUGGUGAUACUAGGCUUGUUAAAUCAAUCAGUGAAGGUCAUACGUCGAGCUCAUCAGAUAAUGCUAGUGAAAAUUCUUCCAUGCAGAGAUCACAGUCCCUUCCACAAACUUCCACCCCUCCCUUGGUGAGUGGAAUGGCAGACUGUAAUACCUCAGUUACUCCUGCAUUAAGUGAAAGAGAAGCAUCCCGAUUAGACAAAUUUAAGCAGCUGCUUGCUGGCCCCAAUACAGAUCUUG